GUUAUUAUCCACACCAAGCAUCUAUCCACAUACAUCCUCUAUGUCUAUUUUAAUCACAAUUGUUAACAAAGCGAGAUGAAUACGACAAAAGGGCGGGGAGUCUCUGGGUGCUGUUUCUGUUGUUACAGAGUACUGCUUUGAGUCUGUCUCUGGGUGAAUAGUUGUUGUUACAAGGAAUUGCAUUGAGAACAGACUCUGUCUUAGAAUGUACUAACACAAUUAGCAUCUUGCAAGUUUCACACAGAGAGGGAGAGAAACAGUACCAAGAACCAAGAGACCUCUUAAUUAGUAAUACCCUGGAAUUUAAACUAUGGGGAAUCAAACUCAUUUGUGAUUUUAAUACAGAACUUCUUUAAUAUGAUCCAACAUGUCGGGAGUGCUCCACUCCGUAGGGGCCAUGGGAUGCAGAGUGUAAGUUAGAGCAGCCCGGGGGCUGCUCUAAGUUACACUGCAGGCUGGGGAGGGCCCUGCACAGCCCUGGAAUGCAAAGUGGCUGAAAGCCACCUUAAACCACCCACUCCACCUCUGUCCCCAGCAGAGGAGCUAAGUAACUAGGUACCUAGCACACUGCCUCAGCACUGGCAUUUACUGAAAUCAAAGGGGCCAGGCAGGAGCGGAAAGGGUUAAUCACUGAGCUGCUUACACUUGCUUAUCCGAAAGCUGGGCUGGUGUCUUUGCACAGACAAGGCCUUUGGGUUGCUCCUUGCUGCAAGGUUAACCCAGACUUCGUGACCUCCUCAGAGUCCAAACACAGAUAACAGCUCUCCAGUGACUUUUAAAAUCUCUCUCUCCCUUUUCACCCAGUUUUGCUGUGGCUGCCGUGAGGCCAGACCUGGAUUUGAUCAGGAACCUCCCUCCCCCACCCCCCACCCCCCGCCAGUGAAAACACCUCUAAAAAGGAACAGACGCCUGGUGUCUCAAAGCGAAGGGCCCGACAGAGGCAGUGAUGGGACGGGGGGUGGAGGGGUAGAUGGACUGUCACAGGGGAGGGCCUGGAAGGCUUAUAAUGAGAGCUGAUUGGGAAAUGGGUAUUUGUCACAGGAAUGUUUGGCUUUUUAUGGAAUUUUUUUUUAAAAAAGGCCAAAAAAACUGAAGAGAAAAAAAAAAGUAUAAACAUCAAAUUUGUGACAAAACCUGAAAAGUUCCAAGGAGAGCAGCUGCUUCCCCAGAGAACUUUCAUCUCGUCAAAACCCUCCAGUUCUCGGUAUAAAUUAGGACGGGAAAUUUUCGCCCAGUCCUGCUUCUUCUGCCUGCACAGUGGUGGCUGCGGAGGGGCCAGCCAGGGAGCCCGCGGUCUUGUGCGAGUUGCACCACCGGCACUGCGGAAGUGCUUGAGCCACUGCCCUGCCCUGACAUAAUCCACCAAGGCGCUGCCCGUGAAAACGCACAGGCAAAGUGCAGGGCAUCCCCCUGGAGAAACUGCCCUGGCCGGGGCUGGAGUUGCUCCUUGGAUGGACGCUCGCUGUGAGGAAGAUCUUUGGAUUCAAGGGCUGAUCAGUUUCACGCUCUGGCUUUGCAUGGAGCUGCACCAGGUUGCUGGGUUUCCUCUCUGCUCCCUCCCCGAUGAGCGUGCCUGUCUCUUUCCACACGCCCCCCCCCCACACAUCUGACUGGGAUUUACUGUGGGGUGGGGGGAGGGGGGACAUUUUGACUCCUGCUCCCUUGGGGUGCAGUUGCGCAGCACGCCCCUGAUAUCCAUGAUCGGACAGGGAGCACCCACGGUCACUCAGCGCCUCUCUGCCUGCGCUAAGGCAUUGCAAGCAGAGCUUUGGGCCCCGGGCCCUGGCCCUGCAGGAUUGGCGGUGCAGGAGCUCCCCUGGGGAGGCAGGCAGCCAAUGGGCCUUUGGGGCAUCAUCCAUCGCUGCUCGCGGCCUGCUGAGGCUGUGUGCGUGCGUCCCGGCAGAGCCCGACGGAGUCGUACAGCUGUGUGGAGGGAGUGGGGAGCUCUCUGCUCCCUUCUCCACUGGCAGCGUUUUGCAGCCCUGCUCAGAAGAGCUGUAAAUCACUGCACCAGUGCAAGGCGGGAGUUACUGGAUUCUUUUUUCCACCCAGUUAUUCGGCUCUUCUCUCCUCUCCCCCAUCCUGCGAUCCCUUACCAGGAAGCACCUGACACUUGCCUCUCAGAACCAGCCCCAAUUCCCCUGGCAGGUCCCUUCGCUAAUUACACGCUCUCCACCAUUGGUGAGAAAGCUGUGACUGCCAGUCAUUGCUCAUAACCUGCCACCACGCCCUGGGCCCUGGGCGUGAAAGUGCCUUUAAAAACUUCCUCCUGACAACUUCCACCUGCUCUCCUAGCCCCAGUGCUGAAAGGGUGCCUGGCGUUGGACACAUACUCCUUUGGCCAAGCCUGGAUGACCUUGGUUUCCCAUCAAAUAAAUCAACACCCCUCUGAGAAACUCUAAGCAGUCGCCUCCCUUAUCGCAGACCUGCUGGCUAAGUGACUUUAGAAAAACGCUCACAGCCCAGAGCUGCCCAGGUAGACUGAGAAGCUGCUUCAUCCUAAAGGGGACCUGGAUUGCCAAGGAGUCUCCCAGGACAUCCCAGCUCCUGCUGGCAGCAAACUAUUUUCUCCUGUCCUGCUCUUGUUUUCCUAGCAGUUUAGUGGGGUUUGAUUUAGUUAUUUAUUUAUCUGCUUAUGAAAUUUACUGUGAAACAAGGCUUUUAGGAAUCUUAUAUCUUUUUUAAACACAGGGGAACAUUUUGCUGAGCACAACACAGGUUUGGAACCUGUUGCCUUUUGAUCUUCUCACCUGUAUCAAUUUCACUGAUCGCUCCUUUUUUAAAUUUUUUAAGCUGGGUAUUUUCUUUCUCGUGCCAUCACCUUUUGGCUUUCCAGGCACUCGGGGGGGAAGUGCUGAGUGUUGGUGUUGUUCUGAAUAGACAAAACAGGUUUGGUUUCGUUUUUUGAUCAGCCUCAACUGCACUUGCUUUAAUUUCUAACCAUGUGUUUUAAAAUAUUGACAUUCUGGUCAGUUUCAGUUUGUAAAAUAUUUUGAUUUUUCAGAAAGGAUCCAGGCCAGAUGGUUUUGUUUGUUUAAAAAAUAUUUCUCUUCCCCCCCCCCCUCCCCCCCGGCUGAUACUGACACCGUGAACAUAGAGACUUUUCUGCAGUGUGGGUCUCUCUGGGUCCUGGAUCCAAACUGUGAAUUUCAGUUUCUGAAACACUUUGAUUUUCAUACACAAUUUGCUGUUUUUGUUGGUUUAAAUAAUUAUUAUUUGUUCCCUUCUCCCACAGUGAACCUUCACUUGGUUAAUUGUAGUGGUUUUUUUGUUUACAGCCCUUUGCUGCCUAUCUGUGUGUCUAUUUCUGUCUGUCUGUGGCCCUAUCUAGGCACUUUCCAAACUGCCCCUGCUUUGCUAGCAAAACUCUCGGGUGGCUGCGUUGGGCCAGCAAGUUACGGCACAGGGUCCCGUUGCAGGCCUAGCUGUUGAUUUGCUGGCGGGGGGGGAUCUUGUGGGGCUGGGUCUGUCCGUGUCUGAGGCGGGGGCGCUGCUCGGAUAGCAGCUAGCUCAAUGUCCCAGGUGGGCAGCAUGGAGGUUUUUAUGCCGGAGAUGCUAACAUUCAGCCUCUGGGACUACGGAGUGUUUGGUCUGAUGCUCCUGAUCUCCACGGGGAUUGGGCUUUUCUACGCCCUCUCCAAAGGCGGGCAGAAGACCAGCGACGACUUCUUCACCGGGGGGCGCCAGAUGUCGGCCGUGCCUGUGGGGCUCUCGCUCUCUGCCAGCUUCAUGUCGGCCAUCCAGGUGCUGGGUGUGCCGGCAGAGGCCUACCGCUACGGCAUGAAGUUCUUGUGGAUGUGCCUGGGGCAGAUGCUCAACACCCUGCUGACCACCUACCUCUUCCUGCCCGUCUUCUACCGCCUGGGGCUGACCAGCACCUACGAGUACCUGGAGAUGAGAUUCAGCAGGAAGGUUCGUCUGUGUGGGACCAUCCAGUACAUCAUUGCCACGAUGCUGUACACAGGGAUAGUCAUCUAUGCCCCUGCGCUGAUCCUCAACCAAGUGACAGGGCUGGAUAUCUGGGCGUCUCUUCUCUCCACUGGAGCCAUCUGCACCUUCUACACCACCAUAGGUGGGAUGAAGGCUGUCAUCUGGACAGAUGUGUUCCAGGUGUUCGUGAUGCUGUCUGGGUUCAUUGCCAUCCUGAUCCAGGGGACGCUGCUUGUGGACAGCCCUGGAGCAGUCCUGGAGAUCGCAUCCAACCACUCCAGGGCUAACCUGCUCGACUUCGACCCAGACCCCAGGAGCCGCUACACCUUCUGGACCUUCACCUUUGGGGGCACCAUGGUGUGGCUCUCCAUGUACGGCGUGAACCAGGCCCAGGUCCAGCGCUACGUGGCCUGCAAGACGGAGAAUGAGGCAAAACUUGCUCUGCUGGUCAAUCAAGUGGGCCUCUUCUUCAUCGUCUCCAGCGCGGUGGGCUGUGGCAUUGUGAUGUUUGCGCUCUACAAGGACUGCGAUCCCCUCCUGGCUGGAUACAUCUCUGCCCCCGACCAGUACAUGCCCUACCUGGUCCUGGAUAUCUUUGAGAAGUACCCGGGCGUGCCCGGUCUCUUCCUGGCCUGCGCGUACAGUGGGACCCUCAGCACGGCGUCCACCAGCAUCAACGCCAUGGCAGCCGUCACCGUUGAAGACCUGGUCAAGCCCAACAUGCCCUCCCUGUCGCCGCAGAAACUCACCCUCCUCUCUAAGGGACUCUCGUUGAUCUAUGGCAUCUCCUGCAUCACGGUGGCUGCCUUGUCUUCCCUGCUGGGAGGCGGUGUGCUGCAGGGUUCCUUCACCGUCAUGGGAGUGAUAAGCGGCCCUUUGCUUGGAGCCUUCAUCCUUGGGAUGUUCAUACCCGUUUGCAACACAGUCGGGGUUUUUGCAGGCUUGGGGUCUGGUUUUGUCCUCUCCUUCUGGGUGGCGGUGGGGGGCACCAUCUACCCACCCAGUGAGGACACCAUGGGAGUGCUGCCUUACUACGGAGACCUGUGCCCGCUCUACAAUGCUACCGAGGGGAUCAACAGCACCAUCGUCCUGGGACCCCUGCCUCCGCGGAACGUCUCUGCACCCUUGGAAAGGCCGGCCAUUGCCGAUGACUUCUACGCCAUGUCCUACCUCUACUAUGGGGCUUUGGGGACGCUGUCCACUGUGGUGGUGGGGGUGCUGAUAAGUUACCUGACAGGUCCUACCAAGAGGAGCCAGAUGCCCCGGGGGGUGCUCUGGUGGGACAUUAUCAAGAAGACCUCUUCGCUCUCCCCAGAGGGCGGGAAAAACCCCUUUGAGGACAGUCUGACCAAGGACUCGGGCGUCUCCCCCACUCUGCAGAAGAAACCCUUCAGCUCCUCCACGUUCCUGCUGGCAGGGCUCACGGGCAGCGAGGAGGCCGACCGGGCGCUGCUGGCGAAGCAGCUGGAGACGGGCCCCCCCUUGCAGUGCGACUCCGAGGAGUUCCUCUGGCUCGGCCACUCUGUCGACGCCGGCUGCUGCCACCUGCUGCGAGAGACCAGCGUCUAGGGCUGGGCAGCGCCGCUGAGCUGCGGCCCAAAGGGGAGGCUGCGCUGGGUUCAGCCAGCCCCCAUCGCCCCAGAGCCGGCAUGCGGGGAGGGGAACGAAUCCAGCCCCCACCCCAGUGAGGGAGCAAUGGACAGAGCAGCCCUGGGCUGGCCCACCCCCUUCACAUUCCCCCAGCAAGGACAUUCUGGGGGGAGUAUUAUAGCACCCCCCACCCUGCACCCUCCCCCUCCAGGGGGUGCCUGUGGCUCUGGCUGGCCGGGCAGAGGCUGACACGGCAAAGCGGCUGCACUAAGUUACCUGGAUGCUGCAGGCAAAGCCCAAGUGGGUUUGGGAAGGCAGUAGCCACACGGUACUGAGCCCUGUGCCUGUGACAGAGCAGGGCCUUGUCUAGAGCUGCCCAGCCCCUCCUGGCUGCUAACAUAGCGACAGAUGGAGCCCUGGGAUUUAGGCUGGUGAUUUAUGGGGAAACUGAGGCAGGGAGCAAGCAAGGGGCUUGGCAAGUUGGAGAAUGGGCCGUGGAAAGAACCCUGGAGUCCUGUGCUGAGCACCAGAGCAGCACUCACCACAUCUGCUAUGUAAAGGGCACCGGGGGGAGAGCCCCACGCCACCUGCCCCUCUGUUCUGAAUCCUCCUCCCAGGCUGCCCGCGCCCUCACCUCUGCACCUGGCAGGGGAUCGUCUGCGCUGUGGAUCCAAUAAACCCCAGCUAGGCCAGCCCCCAUCCAAAUUCUGCCUCUGGCCCCCUGAGCCAGGACCAGCUUCUCUGCCCCCCGGCCCCACUGCGGAAGCAACCGGCAGCUGAAGCCACCCGGCACUAAGUACCACAUCAGCUCAUUUUAACCGGCGUGGGGAAUGGUGUGGGGCAGGGUUAGGCUGAGCUCUGGGGGACAGAUGGGGUCAGGUCAGCUCUGCCCUGGCCUUUCAGGCCAGCAAUUAGGCCGCAUCCCCAGCUGCGGUAAACAGGCCCUAGCCCCGCUGAUGUCCCGAUUUCCAGGUGGGGCUGCGGGCCGAGCUCUCUCCUUGGGCAGGCUCAGGCCCGACUUGGGGUUUGUAGGGAGUGUUUGGAGUUAAUAGUGUCUCGCUCCAGGCACCCUCUGGCAGCAUAUCGGCGUGGCUUCGAGACUCCUGCUUCUUGCAUAACUUCUCUGUGCCCGAAGUACUUUAUCAACCCACCACAGACCGUACCUGCUCAUGAAACAGCUUAUCUGCCCCCGUCUAUCUUAUCGGGGGCACACAGCGCCUGUUGACUGUAAACACCUUGCUCUAAUAAAGAUUGAGAAGGAAAUAGUUAGUGUGUGUGUGUGUGAACGGGGGUGGGGUUGGGGGGGGAAUGCUG